CACACAGCGCGUCUCCCUCAUAAGUUUUGGUACCUCUUCUAACUUUGCGGUUGCUAUGGCUGCGAGUUCAUGCGAGGCUGGCAGAGAGGGAAGUGACGACUGGGGCUGUUGUUGGGACACGUGACUGGAGCUGCACUGAUCUGUUUUGACAAGCAGUGGGGAGGGAAGUGAGGAGGGGAGGCAGACUGUAAGCAUCACGACUAGGAGGACUCACUGUUCCUUUCAUCUGCAUUUCGUCUGAAUAAUAUCAAUGUCGAGCCAGUCUUGUAGUUUUAGCAGUCUGCUGGCAUGUCAACGGUAAAAUAACGUCCGUUGCUGCCGAGUAAACGCUCGCGCAAAACGUCGCCGUCGUUUACGAAGCGUUGGAGUGAGAGUCUGGCUAUUUGUUGUCGGUUUGAAAAGUUUUAAUGAAGAACGCGAAGGAAGUCAGCACAGGUGGCGUUUCUAACGUUAAAUAGAUGGCGACGCUUGGAAGGCUGUGGGUGGACAGAAAGUGGACCAUAUCAGUCUGAUAUCACUGGUUAGCAUUUCGUGAGAAGAAUGAUGCGCUGAAUAUGUUCGAGUCGUAGCAGAAAAAUACCGAGACCGUCCGUCAUCGGUGUUUGCAGCCGAGCUGAGGCUACCUGCGCUACAUUGGGGGUUGGGAUGUUUUGGGAGGUCGUCGUCGCCAGUAGACGCUUAACCGAACAGUGACGGUUAAGUUAGUUAGUUGUGUUUGCUGUCGAGCUAACAGUGCUGAGUUAGCAACCCCCCUGUUUUGGCAGAGAGUCGUUGCGAGGAGCCAGUGUUACAGGAGAGGGGGACACUGAAAUGCAUCGCGACGUAACUAUGGUUCAGGUGGUGGAAUUUGAGACGAGUAGCCAGCUAGCUAGUUAAAUUACUAGUAGUCAGAUUGGUUACUCGCUAGCAAGGGGAUUGACAACUCCAUUACCUACCGCUAACUGUAACCGGCUAUCAGCUGUCUUUGUGUUAGUCAGUCGGACAAUAUAGUGCGACUCGAUGGAAGCGUACAGUAGCAUGCUAACAAAGCAAUGCUUUGUUGUUGGAUAGGGGGCAGCUGGCACCAACACACAGGCUUCACAGCUGAUAUUAUUGCUUAGCUAAUACAGCAGGUCUCAGUCACAGAGGGUUUGGGGGGUCCAGACACCGUUGUGUUGCUGUCAAGGCUGUGUGUGAGAGAAAAAAGAGACGGCUGAGAAGACCCUGCAAGAGACCCUGAAGGCAACCUGAUGACACUGGACAACAUGAAGUCGGAGCGAGAUGCAACGGAGGAGUUUUUCGAGUAUGACGCGGAGGAGUUCCUGGUGUUCCUGACCUUGCUCAUCACAGAAGGGCGGACACCAGAAUAUUCCGUGAAGGGCAGAACCGAGGGGCUGCACUGUCCACCAGCCCAGUCGGCCAUGCCGCCUCUUCACAAGCACGAAUGCAGCGACAAACUGCCCCAGUGUCAGCAGGCAAGGCGAACCCGUUCGGAGGUGAUCCUGCUUUGGAGGAACAGCAUCCCCAUCAUGAUCGAGGUCAUGCUCCUGCCAGACUGUUGCUAUGGCGAUGAGUGCCCCCCGAGUGACCCCAUCAGCGACCCGGUCAUCAAACAAGAUGCUCUGCUGCUGGAGAGAUGGACCCUGCAACCAGUUCCAAGACAAAGCGGCGAUCGUUUCAUUGAGGAGAAGACCCUGCUGUUGGCUGUGCGCUCCUACGUCUUCUUCUCCCAGCUCAGCGCCUGGCUCAGCGCCUCCCAUGGUAUCGUCCCGAGAAACAUCCUGUACAGAAUCAGUGCUGCUGACGAGGAGCUGGUAUGGCAGUUCUCCCAGCCGCCUUCAGAACACAUUUUCCCCGUCCCUAAUGUGUCCCAGAGUGUUGCACUGCAGGUUCGUGUCCAGUCACUCCCCCGCCAGCCCACCUACCCCACCCUGGCCUGCAGCAUCCAUACUGGCCUGCCUCCACGUUACAGCAAGACCCCCAGCCUCAGCCCAAACCUCAACAGCCAUGGUGGCCUGCCCACCCACAAAAAGAACCAGGACCCCAGUAAAGACAACCUCCUUCACAACUCUAACAUCUACAGCAAAACCUCCAACUCCAUGUCCGGCCUUCUCCUCAAUGGAUUACCCAUUCCUAACCUUCCCAUCAACAACAUCCCCAUUAACAGCCUUCCCCACACUGCUGUUCCUCCUCCUUAUAGCAAGAAGAGCCAGGAGCCCGGUGAGGACCACAUGUAUCAGAACGGAGAGCUUCCGCAGGUCAACAUCCCCCAGCGUCAGGGCUCCCCACUGUUCCACAGGUCCCCUCACUCCCCCACGCCCUCCCGCUCCCACUCCCCCUCUCCACUUCCCCCAAGUAAAGCAGGGAAGUGGUUGUACUCAGCUCUCAAUGGCUCAUCUGACCCCACACAAGUAGAGGACUAUGGCUCUGGCACCAACAGCAGUGAUAGGUCAAAGGGGCCCCUCCCUGAGCCACUGAGAGCUUUUAAAAAUUUCUCCUUGGCUGAGCCACCCCGUUGUCCCUCCCCAAGGCCUGCCACCGAGACAAACCCCCUUAUUGGCUCCCUGCUGCAGGAGAGACAGGAAGUUAUCGCCCGCAUUGCACAGAGGCUCAACUUCUGCGACCCCACAGCACCGCCACUCCCUCCUGGCCUUUUUGCUUCUGACAACCCUCCCAAAGCCAUGUGGGGCAGUAACCAUGAUGACAUAACUGCCAGUAAGACCAAAGAGCCCGAGGUACCGCCCUAUGAGUCUGUGGGACGUGUGUGGCCCGGCCCCUUCAACACACCCGUGACCGACACAUCUUUCAGCAAACGGGAGAGCUCCUCCCCUAAACCUGCAGCCUGCAGGAAGCUGAGAAUGACUGAGACCAGAGACGGAGAGGAGGAGAGAAAUGGAGAGAAAGAGAAGGAGAAAGAGAGGGAGAGAGACAGCUCCCUGAUCGCCCAGGCAGUACAAGACAUAACUAGACUCAUCCAGGAGAGACUGUCUGUCCCCUCUCUGUCCCCAAGGCACAGCAGGAGCGGCAGCCAUCUGCACCAUACACACACAACGACAGUCACACACACGGUCCGCACGUACUCACACACCACACACAUCCCACAGGCCUCACACACUGCCACCAACGGCUACACCAACGGCCACAUACCCAGCCAUGAACCUCACAGAGGCAGCAGUCGCACCGCUGCCACACCUGCGCCCGUUUGCACAGACAAGCCCCGAGUUGAUCCGGGGCCCGAAUGCCAUUCACCCCGGGCCCAAAAUGGUGCUCACUUUACACUUGAAGAACCCUCAUUGAAAGACCAGUCCCACACCCAGGCUGGUCGGUGUUUACGAACUCCCCCACAGGAAAAGCUCAGAGUCAGGACACCCAGCAGCCAUGAAACCCCCCCUGCCUCCCCUGUCCUUGAGAACAGCCCAAGGAAUGCCCAGAUCUUCAGUUGGACUUGCAAUGCUGCCAGUCCAGCCAUGAACUGUAACAUAAGCCACAACCACAGCAAGCCUCAGCCUCAGUCCCAGACGCAGUGCUGUGCACCAGCCCAGGCCUCUGCCCUGCAGGAUGAGAACCAGGCACCCUCGGUGUCUGGAUGCUCCAGCACCUCCAGUCCAGACAUGACUCCCCCUUCUACAGUCCUGCGAGCUCACAGCCCCUCCCCGCUGCGCCCCUGCAACAGCUGGAAGAAACAGAAUCGCCACUCAUUAGAUGCCACAGCGACCAAGGCCUUCCACCCCUGCACUGGCCUGCCUCUGCUCUCCAGCCCUGUUCCUCAGAGGAGAAAUCAAACAGGCUACUUUGACCUGGACACCUCUGUGGCUGGCUGUAAGGGUUUGCCUUGGGCCUCUGGGAAAAGGGUGUGUCCAAAGAGAGAGGGGUACACCGAUGAGUCACAGCAGCUGUUCAGUGCCAGCGCUCCACCUGCCAGUCUCAGUCUGCUGGGAAACUUUGAGGAGUGUGUGCUGAACUAUCGCCUGGAGCCUUUAGGGUUAGUGGAGGGUUUUACAGCAGAGGUCGGAGCCAGUGGGUCCUUCUGCCCCAGUCACCUGACCUUACCCGUAGAGGUGUCAUUCUACAGUGUAUCCGAUGACAAUGCUCCCUCACCAUAUAUGGGUGUGAUAAACCUGGAGUCCCUGGGGAAAAGGGGCUACCGUGUACCUCCAUCAGGAACCAUUCAAGUGACCUUAUUCAAUCCCAACAAGACAGUUGUGAAGAUGUUUGUUGUGAUGUAUGACCUACGAGCCAUGCCAGCUGGACACCAGACCUUCCUGCGCCAGAGAACCUUCUCUGUGCCCGUCCGCCGUGACACAAACAAUCAGACCAGCAGGAAGUCCCUCGGCCAGGGACGCACUUUGCGCUACCUCGUUCAUCUGAGGUUCCAGAGUUCUAAGUCUGGGAAGAUCUACCUCCAUAGGGACAUCCGUCUGCUGUUUUCCAGGAAGUCCAAGGAGGUGGACAGUGGAGCUGCCUACGAGCUCCAGUCCUCCACAGAGUCCCCAAUCGACCCACCGUUCUCUCCACGCUGCUGAGACCCGACUCCCUCCCUCCUCCCCCUCCAGGCAGGCGACUGCCGAAGCUUCAGUCACACCUUAAUGCCAGCAAAAGACUCUUACGCAGCCCAUGGCAAAAUGAACGUCUCUAAAAGAGGAGCAAUUUAAGGACUACAGUCAACAAGACUCACCUGGCAUGUGCCCAAAAUCUUAAGUGUCAUCCCUUCUGUCACCCAGAACUGACAAGUGGGGGUGGGCUAAGAGCCUGGGAGACUCGUCAGAAUUGAUGUUCUUUGUUAAGUGCACAACCUUGGAUCAAAGAAAAUGGGUCAAAGGUUACAGUUGUAGAGUGUGUUUCAGAUCCUGUUCUCCUGGGUAAAAAGGCCUUACCAGAUAUGAUAUGUCAUUCUUUUUCCUGCUGUUGUGUGUAUCCCCUCCAGCAUCUGGCAGGAGAGAGACCAGUGAUCAUCUUCAGAAUCAGUUAGAUACUUAAAUUAUUUCAGCAGAGUUUAGGCUUCUUUACUCUGUUUGCUCAACUCAAAAUGUUAAUCGGACCUGUACUUGACAAAAUGAAUAAGUGUUCAAUCUCAAUUAAUUUAGUUAUUAAUGCAAUACACGGCCCUUUUAAUGAUAAAACACUUUGUUUUAAAUUUGGAGAUUAGAUUGAUUGAAAUGAAAGUGAACGCAGCUUUGACCCUGUGAUUCCUGAGCUCGGAGCAGAGGGAGCGCGCAUGGAAGAGGAAGCGGGCGGCAGACUGUGGUGCAACGCCAUUCCCUCGUCCAAAAAAAAAAAAAACCCAUACCAUGGACCACUAAAGUUCAACAAGCAAUCAAGCUUGAGUCAACUGAAAGCAUCACAGCAGAAAAUCAGUGCACUGUGGAUUUUUUUUCUCAUUAUAACUGGAAAUGAAACAGAAAAUAGUAAUAUUCUAAUACUUUUGUACUGUUACAGAACCACUUUAUUGGAAGUGUUGCAAUAGAAAGAGUAACCUUAGUUUAGUGUUUACACAUUCACUUUUCAGUUUACUUACCAUCAGUUUAUUUAAUAUUUAAAUUAAUAUUUCAGUUACUACUUGUGACGUCUGUCAUGCUAAGAUGAUGUAGUGCAAACUGUAUAUCAUAAUAUGUAUUUUUGACAUUAAUAUUCAAAUCUGAAAAAAUAUAUCUAUAUAUCUUCUAAAGCAAUCUUGAAGGCUGCUCUGUCUCUUUGUGUUUUGUUUUGUUUUUUUUCCUCAACGUGUUUCCCACCACUGCAUUUCCAUACAGUCACACACUGGAAUGAAAGGAACUAAACACAGGGGAUUUCUGCUGCUUCUUUAGAUUUAGUCCCUAACAACAGAGCUGUGGUGCAAGUUUGAG